AUGAACUAUUAUUACGCCCCAAGUGUCAGUCAACCCGACGAACAUACUUUUCUAUGUGGUUAUAAUAAGGUUCGCCGUUAUGGUACAACACAACCACCGACCGUAGAUCAUUUACCUAGGAAAUAUAUAAAUUAUACGGUCAAACCCGACGACACUUUACAGGGCAUCGCUCUUAAGAAUGACUGUUCGGUGUCAUCUAUUGUACGAGCGAACAAAUUGUGGUCAAUGGACGCUCUUCAUCUGAAAACAUCGAUCCGGAUACCCAUAGGAAAUGAUAGCCAUAGAACGGGUAGCGCUCGAGAACUGCGAAGUCAGCGCAGUGAGCCACCCAAGCCUGUCGAAAAGACGGAUGACCGUCCACAGGAAAGCAUGAAGGAUAUUUUUAGUCGAAUUGAUAACGCUAUAAAAACAACGUCCACAACGGUGCGCAAACUUGAACGGGAAUCAACGUUGGAUGAAAUAGACCGAUCUCACGAUGAAUGUCGACAAAGUCGAUCAAGGAGGCAAAUUUCACUUCCGAAAUUACUACAUAGUGAUUAUUAUAAUGAACUGUCUUAA